CGGGGUUUGCGGCCGAAGAUUUGGGUAAUUUACUACCGCAGCUUUAAGAUGACCGACGGAGCCGAGGGCUUGACGAGCUAUUACCGCCAGAAGAUCGAGCACCUCGAGCUCACGGUCCGGGACAAGACCAUGAACCUGCGCCGCCUCCAGGCCCAGCGCAAUGAGCUCAACUCGAAGGUGCGCCUCUUGCGCGAGGAGCUCCAGCUGCUGCAAGAGCCGGGCUCGUACGUCGGCGAGGUCGUCAAGCAGAUGGGCAAGUCCAAGGUGCUCGUCAAGGUCAACCCGAAGGCAAGUACGUCGUCGACGUGGACAAGGCCAUCGACAUUACCAAGUGCACACCCAACACGCGCGUCGCGCUGCGCAACGACAGCUACGUCCUGCACAAGAUUCUGCCCACGAAGGUCGACCCGCUCGUGAGCUUGAUGAAGGUCGAGAAGGUGCCCGACUCGACGUACGACAUGAUCGGUGGUCUCGACAAGCAGAUCCGCGAAAUCAAAGAAGUCAUUGAGCUGCCGAUCAAGCACCCAGAGCUCUUUGACUCGCUCGGUGUGGCGCAGCCCAAGGGCGUGCUUCUCUACGGCCCUCCCGGUACGGGCAAGACGCUCCUCGCGCGCGCGGUGGCACACCACACGGACUGCACGUUCAUUCGCGUCUCGGGCGCGGAGCUUGUCCAAAAGUACAUUGGCGAGGGCUCUCGCAUGGUGCGCGAGCUUUUCAUCAUGGCUCGCGAAGCCGCGCCAUCGAUCAUUUUCAUGGACGAAAUCGACUCGAUCGGUAGCUCGCGCAUGGAAGGCGGCGGCGACUCGGAGGUGCAGCGCACGAUGCUCGAGCUCCUCAACCAGCUCGACGGCUUUGAGCCCGCGCAGAACAUCAAGGUCAUCAUGGCCACGAACCGUAUCGAUAUCCUCGACGCGGCCUUGCUUCGCCCGGGCCGUAUCGAUCGCAAGAUUGAGUUUCCCAACCCGACCGAAGUGUCGCGCGUCGACAUUAUGCGUAUUCACUCGCGCCGCAUGAACCUUCUCCGUGGCAUCAACCUUAAGGUCAUUGCAGAGAAGAUGCCGACGUCGUCGGGCGCCGAAUGCAAGGCUGUCUGCACGGAGGCGGGUAUGUUUGCGUUGCGUGAACGCCGCAUCCACGUGACGCAAGAAGACUUUGAGAUGGCCGUCUCCAAGGUCAUGAAGAAGGACUCGGAGCAGAACAUGUCGCUCAACAAGUUGUGGAAGUAAACCACCAGCUUGGCGUUGGAUCGAUCAACACACAAUGCAUCAUGCCGCCUCUUGGCCGACACCACCAAAGAACCGUUCUGGUCGUCUUCA